CAGGCUCCCUCCUCCUUUCUAUUGCUGCUGAAACGGACGGAUGCAGUUUAGGGAGUAUCUGCUCUAAGGGAAGAGUGACGUGUCUAGAGAGAAACCCCAAAUUCUUGCUGCUCUUCCCUCAGCCUACUUCAGGACGGAGAGUAAGGCAGGUGCAAAGGCUCAAGAAACCAGCCUGAGGCCACCCUCCCAGCUCCCCCAGGCCCCUGAAUGAUAUCCAUCAGAGACCCCUUAGUCCCCAGCCUUGUCCUCUUGGUGCUGCUAGGAAUAGCAGGGGCUGGGCCCUUCCUUCCACGUUCUAAUGGGACAGCCUCAGCUUCACGAUUCCCUCCUCAUCCAGGCGGGCGGAUAACAGGUCCUGGAGGUGGAGGAUCAACCCCUAAGCUCUAUGAACAUACAGUGGAAGGAGGUGAAAAGCAGGUGGUAUUCACACACAGAAUCAACCUGCCUUCUUCUACCAACUGUGGAUGUCCCCCAGGUGCUGAACCUCCUGCUCCUGCCUCUGAGGUGCAGGCCUUAAGAGUGAAGCUUGAAGCCCUGGAAGAGUUAGUGAAGGGUCUUAAGGAACAAUGCCAUGGGGGGUGCUGUUCUGCUGCUGCCCAAGCUGGAACAGGAAAGACAGAUGUGCGGAGCCUCUGUAGCCACCAUGGUGUGUUUGACUUGGACCGCUGUGCCUGUUCUUGUGAGCCGGGCUGGGCUGGUCCCACGUGCUUAGAUCCCACAGGUGGCACAGUCACUUCAUCUUGUCCCGAGGAUUGCAACGAUCAGGGUCGCUGUGUGCAGGGCCGUUGUGUCUGCUUCUCAGGCUAUACUGGACCCUCUUGCAGUCGGCCUGCCUGCCCAGGAGACUGCCGGGGCCGGGGCCGGUGUGUCCAGGGUGUCUGUGUGUGCAGGACUGGUUUCACUGGUGAAGACUGUGGAACUAGAGCCUGUCCCAAGGGUUGUAGCCAAAGGGGCCAAUGCAAAGAUGGGAAGUGUGUGUGUAACCCCGGGUUCAGUGGAGAGGACUGUGGGGUGAGGAGCUGCCCCCGGGACUGCAACCAGAAAGGCAGAUGUGAAGAUGGAAAGUGUGUGUGUGACCCAGGGUACAAUGGAGAGGACUGUGGGGUGAGGAGCUGCCCCCGGGAUUGUGGUGAUGGUGGGCGCUGCGUGGAUGGGCGCUGUGUGUGCUGGCCGGGCUACUCUGGUGAGGACUGCAGUAUCCGGACUUGUCCUCGUGACUGCCAUGGCCGGGGUCGCUGUGAGGAUGGGGAAUGCAUCUGUGAACUCGGAUACAGUGGAGAUGACUGUGGGGUACGGAGCUGCCCCCAGAACUGCAACCAGCGGGGAUACUGUGAGGAUGGGCGCUGUGUGUGCUGGCCAGGCUACACUGGCGAGGACUGUGGGAGCCGAGCCUGCCCCCGGAAUUGCCGCGGUCGAGGUCGUUGUGAGAAUGGCGCGUGUGUCUGCAAUGCUGGAUACAGUGGGAUUGACUGUGGGGUUCGGACCUGCCCUGGGGACUGCCUCGGUCGGGGCCGGUGUGAGAAUGGCCGUUGUGUGUGCUGGCCCGGCUAUACAGGCAGAGACUGUGGAUCCCAGACCUGCCCCGGGGAUUGUCGCGGCAGGGGCAGGUGCCAGGAUGGGCACUGCGUCUGUGAGCCCGGCUACACAGGGGACGACUGUGGGAGCCGUCGGUGCCCAAGUGACUGCAGAGGCCACGGGCGGUGUGAGGAUGGGGUGUGUGUGUGUGACAGGGAUUAUACUGGAGAAGACUGUGGGCAAAGGCGUUGCCCUGGGGACUGCCGAGGCCGGGGGAGAUGCCAGGAUGGGUUCUGUGUUUGUGAUACUGGCUACACAGGAGAGGACUGUGGGACGAGAAGCUGUCCCCGAGAUUGCAGCCACCAAGGGAUCUGCCACGACGGGGUGUGCACCUGUUGGGAGGGCUUCACAGGAGAAGACUGCAGCCUUCGGACCUGCCCGGAGAAUUGCAACCAUCGGGGUCAGUGUAAAAAUGGCCACUGCGUAUGUGAGGUUGGCUAUACAGGCCCUACCUGUGGUACUCAGACCUGCCCUGGGGACUGUCAGGGCAGAGGCCGAUGUGUCCAGGGAGUAUGUGUGUGUCAGGAAGGCUACCGUGGUAAAGACUGUGGACAGAGGGAGCUGCCGGCUGAAAGCUGUUCUGGGGGCUGUGGACCACGGGAACUCUGCCGAGCUGGCCAGUGUGUCUGCAUUGAGGGCUUUGAAGGCCCUGAUUGUGCCACGAGGACUUGUCCUGGGGACUGCCGGGGUCAUGGGUUAUGCCAAGAAGGGAGCUGUAUAUGUCACGAUGGCUAUGGCGGAGAAGACUGUGGGGAGGAGAUACCUCCAAUAACAGGAUUGAGUAUGCGUUUGUUGGAAGAAACAACAGUUCGGACUGAGUGGAUGAGAGCCUCAGGACCUGUGGAUGCCUAUGAAAUCCGAUUCACUCCUACAACAGAGGGAAUAGGUCGCCCAUUCUCUGCUCGGGUCCCCAGCUCGGCUUUAGCCUAUGACCAGAGGGGGCUGUCCCCAGGCCAGGAGUACCAAGUCACCGUCCGUGCCCUACGAGGUUCUAACUGGGGACCUCCUACCUCCCAGACCAUCACUACCAUGAUUGAUGGUCCCCAGGAUCUUCGGGUCACAGCUGUGACUCCCACUACUAUGGAGCUAAGCUGGCUACGUCCUCAGGCUGAAGUGGACCGCUUUGUGGUGUCAUAUGUCAGUGCUGGCAACCAGCGGGUACGGUUGAAUGUGGCACCUGAGGAAGACAGAACCCUGCUCACAGGGCUAAUGCCUGGUGUGGAGUAUGUCAUGACCGUCACUGCUGAGAGGGGCCGAGCUGUCAGCUACCCAGCUUCUGUCAGGGCCAACACAGCACCAGCCCACCAUAAUUACCAGGAUACCCGUCCCCCAGCUCCACCUCCUCGGCCCCCAGUCCAACCCCAACCCCAACCAGGUCUCCGACCAGACCUGGGCCCCCGGCUGCCUCAGCCUGUGGAGGAGGAAGAUCCAAAGCCUAGGGAGGUACCCUUGGGGCUUCCCCCACCACGGUUCUUGAGGAACCUCACAUCAAAACUAGGCCUUUCCUGGGGUUCCGUGCAGGAUGUGGAGCGAUACCUACGGGCCUCUGGCUACCCACUCCGUGGCAACCAGACCUACACUUCAGUGGCCCGCUCCAUCUAUGCGUAUCUGCAACGCCGGGCAGGGGGACUCUCUGCACCCCCAUCAUCACUGUCCUACAAGCCCCAAUCCACUGCCAAUCUGGACCCAGACACCAGGAAACCACACUCUGCCAAAGAUAUCCAUGGUCAUAACCCAGAGGGUGUGGCCCAAGUGGAAGGGAGGCACAUCCCCCUCCUACCUUCCUUACUUCCGGGCCCUUCCCCUCGCCACCCCAAACCUGAAGUGCUGGGCAGCUCAGCUGAUGGGGCCUUGCUGGUCUCUCUGGAUGGUCUCCGUGGCCAAUUUGAGCAGGUGGUGCUGCGCUGGCAGCCCCUCUCUCCUAUGGAAGGGCCCAGCAGGGAAAUUGCAGUACCAGGGGCAACACGCAUCGCCCGCUUGCCUGGCCUGAGGCCUAGUACUACCUACCAUGUGGAGGUCCAUGGGGUCCAGGAUGGGCAGGCCUCCAAGUCCUACGCCUUCAUCACCACUACAGGCCCCUUUGAAGCUACCGAUGAAUCUCUUCUCUUAGGGCUGACCCCACCACCAACAACCCAGGGGGCUCAGGCCCCUCUCCUGAAGCACCCAGUUAAUAAGCCUGGGGCACUUUCUGUCCCACCUCGACUUGGAGAGCUGCAGGUUCUAGAUGUGUCCUCAAACUCCGUCAACCUCCAUUGGACUGUUCCUGAAGGCCGGUUUGAUUCUUUCUUAGUCCAAUAUAAAGACAAGAAUGGAAAGCCCCAGAGAGUGCCAGUAGAAGGUCUCCAGCACUCUGUCAUCAUCUCCCCUCUAGAUCCUGGGCACAACUACAAAUUCACCCUUUAUGGGCUUGAGGGCAGGAAGCGCCAUGGCCCCCUCACCACUGAAGCUAAGACAUCUUCUUUCCCUAACUCAGAAAUUCUACCUCGCCUUGGAGAGUUGCGGGUAACAGACCCCACCUCUGAAUCUCUACACCUCUCUUGGAGUGUCCCUGAGGGUCAGUUUGAUUCCUUCCUGGUCCAGUAUAAGGACAGAGAUGGGCAGAUCCAGGUGGUCCCUGUGGAGGGACCUGAGCGUUCCAUCACUAUCUCCUCACUUGAUCCUAGCCAAAGAUACAAAUUCAUCUUGUAUGGACUCACUGGCAAGAAGCGCCAUGGUCCCCUCACUGCUGAGGGAAGUACAGCUCCACUGGACACUGAGAGCCCCAAACCUCGAGUUGGGAAAUUGAUAGUGACAGAUGUGACUCAGAAUUCCCUGCGUCUCCUCUGGACCAUCCUUGAAGGAAAGUUUGACUCCUUUGUAGUCCAAUAUAAAGACAAGGAUGGACAACCCCAAGUGGUGCCUGUUGAGGCUGGCCAGAAUGAAGUUACCAUCUCUGACCUGCAGCCCUCCCGGAAGUACAAGAUGAAUCUCUAUGGACUUCUAGGCAAACAAAGGGUGGGCCCUAUUUCUGUGAUUGUUACAACAGACCCAUUUUCUGUAGAGCCUCAUCUGGGAGAGGUGACAGUAACAGAUGUGACCCCAGAUUCCCUGCGCCUCUCCUGGACUACUAAGGGCGAGUUUGAUUCCUUUGAGAUUCAAUAUAAGGAUAAGAAUGGGCAGCCAAAGGUGGUGUCUACAGAUGGCAUUCAGGAUGAGGUUACUAUAUCUAGCCUAGAACACUCACGGAAGUACAAGUUCCUUCUCUUUGGCAUCAAAGAUGGCAAACACCAUGGGCCCAUUUCUGUUGAAGCAAAGACUGCACGAGAGGAAAAAACUCCAGUUCUUCCAUCCCUAGUCACUGAUGCCCUUCAGUUGCCUGCUAAACCCCACCUGGGAAAACUAAUGGUGACCAAUGCCACCUCAGAUUCUCUGCAACUCUUAUGGACUAGUCCAAAAGGCCAAUUUGAAUCCUUUGUAAUCCAAUACAAGAAUGGGGAUGGACAACCUAAAGUUGUACAUGUUAAGGGUGACAAAAACACAAUCAUCAUUUCUGGUCUGGAGCCAGAUCACAAAUACAAGAUGAAUCUCUAUGGUUUCCAUGAUGGACAACGCAUGGGCCCCAUCUCCAUCACUGGUAUUACUGCACUACAUGAGGAAAUGAAGGAGAUUCCACUUCCCACAGUAUCUGCCACUGAGGCUCCUGAGCCCACAGAGAAGCCUGAACUAGGGGAACUGACAGUGACAGGAGCCACCUCAGACUCGCUGAAGCUCUCCUGGACCAUCUCCCAGGGAGAAUUUGAUUCCUUCAUAAUCCAGUACAAAGACAGGUAUGAGAGACCCCAGAUCGUGCGUGUUGGGGGAGACCAGAAUGAGGUCACUGUCUCUGAGCUGGAGCCUGACCACAGAUACAAGAUGAAUCUCUAUGGUUUCCAUGAUGGACAGCGUGUGGGCCCUGUCUCUGUCACUGGAGUAACAGCCCCACAAGAGGAAAAGACCCCUGCUCCCACAGUACCAGCUGCUGAGGCCCCUGUGUCCACAGAGAAGCCUGAACUGGGAGACCUGACAGUGAUAGGGGCCACACCAGACUCCCUAAAGCUCUUCUGGACUAUCUCCCAGGGGGAGUUUGAUUCUUUCACAAUCCAGUACAAGGACAGGGAUGGGAGACCCCAGAUCGUGCGUGUUGAGGGAGACCAGAAUGAGGUCACUGUCUCUGAGCUGGAGCCUGACCACAGAUACAAGAUGAAUCUCUAUGGUUUCCAUGAUGGACACCGUAUGGGCCCUGUCUCUGUCACUGGCAAAACUGCCCCACAUGAGGAAGAGACCCCUGCUCCCACAGUACCAGCUACUGAGGCCCCUGUGUCCACAGAGAAGCCUGAACUGGGAGACCUGACAGUGAUUGGGGCCACACCAGACUCCUUAAAGCUCUUCUGGACUGUCUCCCAGGGGGAGUUUGAUUCUUUCACAAUCCAGUACAAGGACAGGGAUGGGAGACCCCAGAUUGUGCGUGUUGAGGGAGACCAGAAUGAGGUCAUUGUCUCUGAGCUGGAGCCUGACCACAGAUACAAGAUGAAUCUCUAUGGUUUCCAUAAUGGACACCGUGUAGGCCCUGUCUCUGUCACUGGCAAAACUGACCAAUAUAAAGUGGUGGAACAGACGCCUGCUCCCACAGUACCAGCUACUGAGGCCCCUGUGUCCACAGAGAAGCCUGAAUUGGGAGACGUGACAGUGGUAGGGGCCACACCAGACUCCCUAAAACUCUUCUGGACUGUCUCCCAGGGGGAGUUUGAUUCUUUCACAGUCCAGUACAAGGACAGGGAUGGGAGACCCCAGAUCGUGCGUGUUGAGGGAGACCAGAAUGAGGUCACUGUCUCUGAGCUGGAGCCUGACCACAGAUACAAGAUGAAUCUCUAUGGUUUCCAUGAUGGACACCGUGUGGGUCCUGUCUCUGUCACUGGCAAAACUGACCAAUAUAAAGUGGUGGAAGAGACCCCUGCUCCCCCCACAGUACCAGCUACUGAGGCCCCUGUGUCCACAGAGAAGCCUGAACUGGGAGACAUGACAGUGAUAGGGGCCACACCAGACUCCCUGAAGCUCUUCUGGACUGUCUCCCAGGGGGAGUUUGAUUCUUUCACAAUCCAGUACAAGGACAGGGAUGGGAGACCCCAGAUCAUGCGUGUUGAGGGAGACCAGAAUGAGGUCACUGUCUCUGAGCUGGAGCCUGACCACAGAUACAAGAUGAAUCUCUAUGGUUUCCAUGAUGGACACCGUGUAGGCCCUGUCUCUGUCACUGGCAAAACUGCCCCACAUGAGGAAGAGACCCCUGCUCCCACAGUACCAGCUACUGAGGCCCCUGUGUCCACAGAGAAGCCUGAACUGGGAGACGUGACAGUGAUAGGGGCCACACCAGACUCCCUAAAGCUCUUCUGGACUAUCUCCCAGGGGGAGUUUGAUUCUUUCACAAUCCAGUACAAGGACAGGGAUGGGAGACCCCAGAUCGUGCGUGUUGAGGGAGACCAGAAUGAGGUCACUGUCUCUGAGCUGGAGCCUGACCACAGAUACAAGAUGAAUCUCUAUGGUUUCCAUGAUGGACACCGUGUGGGCCCUGUCUCUGUCACUGGCAAAACUGACCAAUAUAAAGUGGUGGAAGAGACCCCUGCUCUCCCCACAGUACCAGCUACUGAGGCCCCUGUGUCCACAGAGAAGCCUGAACUGGGAGACGUGACAGUGAUAGGGGCCACACCAGACUCCCUGAAGCUCUUCUGGACUGUCUCCCAGGGGGAGUUUGAUUCUUUCACAAUCCAGUACAAGGACAGGGAUGGGAGACCCCAGAUCAUGCGUGUUGAGGGAGACCAGAAUGAGGUCACUGUCUCUGAGCUGGAGCCUGACCACAGAUACAAGAUGAAUCUCUAUGGUUUCCAUGAUGGACACCGUGUAGGCCCUGUCUCUGUCACUGGCAAAACUGCCCCACAUGAGGAAGAGACCCCUGCUCCCACAGUACCAGCUACUGAGGCCCCUGUGUCCACAGAGAAGCCUGAACUGGGAGACGUGACAGUGAUAGGGGCCACACCAGACUCCCUAAAGCUCUUCUGGACUAUCUCCCAGGGGGAGUUUGAUUCUUUCACAAUCCAGUACAAGGACAGGGAUGGGAGACCCCAGAUCGUGCGUGUUGAGGGAGACCAGAAUGAGGUCACUGUCUCUGAGCUGGAGCCUGACCACAGAUACAAGAUGAAUCUCUAUGGUUUCCAUGAUGGACACCGUGUGGGCCCUGUCUCUGUCACUGGCAAAACUGACCAAUAUAAAGUGGUGGAAGAGACCCCUGCUCCCACAGUACCAGCUACUGAGGCCCCUGUGUCCACAGAGAAGCCUGAACUGGGAGACGUGACAGUGAUAGGGGCCACACCAGACUCCCUAAAGCUCUUCUGGACUGUCUCCCAGGGGGAGUUUGAUUCUUUCACAAUCCAGUACAAGGACAGGGAUGGGAGACCCCAGAUCGUGCGUGUUGAGGGAGACCAGAAUGAGGUCACUGUCUCUGAGCUGGAGCCUGACCACAGAUACAAGAUGAAUCUCUAUGGUUUCCAUGAUGGACACCGUGUGGGCCCUGUCUCUGUCACUGGCAAAACUGCCCCACAUGAGGAAGAGACCCCUGCUCCCACAGUACCAGCUACUGAGGCCCCUGUGUCCACAGAGAAGCCUGAACUGGGAGACGUGACAGUGAUAGGGGCCACACCAGACUCCCUAAAGCUCUUCUGGACUGUCUCCCAGGGGGAGUUUGAUUCUUUCACAAUCCAGUACAAGGACAGGGAUGGGAGACCCCAGAUCGUGCGUGUUGAGGGAGACCAGAAUGAGGUCACUGUCUCUGAGCUGGAGCCUGACCACAGAUACAAGAUGAAUCUCUAUGGUUUCCAUGAUGGACACCGUGUGGGCCCUGUCUCUGUCACUGGCAAAACUGCCCCACAUGAGGAAGAGACCCCUGCUCCCACAGUACCAGCUACUGAGGCCCCUGUGUCCACAGAGAAGCCUGAACUGGGAGACGUGACAGUGAUAGGGGCCACACCAGACUCCCUAAAGCUCUUCUGGACUAUCUCCCAGGGGGAGUUUGAUUCUUUCACAAUCCAGUACAAGGACAGGGAUGGGAGACCCCAGAUCAUGCGUGUUGAGGGAGACCAGAAUGAGGUCACUGUCUCUGAGCUGGAGCCUGACCACAGAUACAAGAUGAAUCUCUAUGGUUUCCAUGAUGGACACCGUGUGGGUCCUGUCUCUGUCACUGGCAAAACUGCUCCUCGUGAUAUUGAGUCUCCAUCAAAACCCUACCUGGGAGAGCUGACUGUGACUGAUGUAACCCAGGACUCCCUCCACCUCACCUGGAAUAUCCUUCAGGGUUCCUUUGACUCCUUUGUGAUCCAGUACAAAAAUAGGGAUGGGCAGCCUCAGGUGGUUCCAGUAGCAGGUGAUCAGAAUGAGAUCACCAUCUCAGACCUGGAACCUUCUCAGAAAUACAAGUUCCUGCUCUUUGGACUUCAUAAUGGGAAACGCAGUGUCCCCAUCUCUGCAGAUGCCAAGACCCUCCCAGCAGUGAAGCCAGCUCCCCUCUUAGGGGAGAUGACAGUGACAGACCCAACCUCAGAUUCUUUGCAUCUCUCCUGGACCAUCCUUCAAGGUCACUUUGACUCCUUUGUGGUCCAGUACAAGGACAAGAGUGGGCAGCUCCAGGUGGUGCCUGUAGGAAAAGACCAGAGAGAGAUCACUAUCUCCAGUUUAGAACCUAAUAGGAAGUACAAGUUCCUGCUCUAUGGACUCUUUGGCAAAAAACGACUUGGCCCUGUCUCUACAGAAGGUACCACAGCUCCCAAAAAGGAAGAUACCCAACUCUCUCCCCAACUGGGAGAAAUGAAGGCAACAGAUGCAACUCCCAACUCUCUCCGCCUCUCAUGGACAGUAUCACAGGGUCCCUUUGACUCUUUUUUGGUUCAGUACAAGGAUAAGAAUGGGCAGCCUCAGGUAUUGCCUGUAGUUGGAAAUGAGAAUGAGGUCAUUGUAUUUGGCCUGGAGCCCAAGAGAAAGUAUAUGUUCCUCCUGUAUGGUCUCUAUGAUGGAAAACGUGUUGGCCCCAUUUCUGCCCAAGGUGUGACAGAGGAAGAAACUGCAACUUCUUUGGCACCAGCUACGGAAAUCCCUGAACUCUUGAUGGAACCCCGCCUAGGAAUAUUGAAAGUGACUGAUGUUGCCCCAAAUUCCUUGGGUCUCUCCUGGACUGUCCUACAGGAACCUUUUAACUCUUUUGUGAUCCAGUAUAAAGAUAAAGAUGGGAAAUCCCAGGCAAUGCUCGUGAGAGGAGACCAGAAAAAAAUCACUAUCUCUAAUCUGGAGGCCAACAGGAAAUACACAUUCCUCCUAUAUGGACUCUAUGAUGGGAAGCGUCUGGGCCCCAUCUCUACAGAAGCCACUACAGGGCUGGCUCCAGCUGGGCAGUCCCCUGGGGGCCGUCUGUCCCAAAUGUCUGUAUCAGAUGUGACAACAAGUUCCUUCCGGCUGAAUUGGGAGGCUCCACCUGGUGCCUUUGAUUCAUUUCUACUUCGCUAUGGGAUUCCAGAGAUAAAGCCUUCAGAGCCACUGUAUCCCCCUCUGUUACAACGAGAGUUGAGUGUACCUGGGAUCCAACGUUCAGCAGUUAUUCGUGACUUAAGGCCCGGGACCCUCUAUGCAGUAACACUUUAUGGCCUUCGUGGCCCCCACAAGGCUGAUAGCCUCCAGGGCACUGCUAGAACACUCAGUCCAGUGCUAGAGAGCCCUCGAAACCUUAAGUUCAGUGAGAUCCAAGAGAACUCAGCCAGAGUCAGCUGGACUCCACCCCCGAGCCAAGUGGAUGGUUUCAAAAUCUCCUACCAGCUAGCAGAUGGAGGAGAACCACAAAGUGUACAAGUGGACAGUCAUACUUGGCACCGGCAUCUGGUGGGUCUGACCCCUGGAGCCCAGUAUGAAGUGACUGUGAUAUCUGUUCGUGGCUUUGAGGAAAGUGAGCCACUCACUGGCUUCCUUAUAACAGUCCCUGAUGGCCCCACCCAGCUUCAAGCAUUGAAUGUUACUGAUGAUUCAGCCUUGCUGCACUGGAGUCCCCCUCAAGCCCCUGUGGACAGAUAUGCCCUUCGGAUCACAGCCCCAGAAGUCCCACCUGUGAUGGCUUCAGUUCCAGGAGGUCAUUUAGACUUCUCCCUGCAUAAUCUUCAAAUCCGGACAAACUACACUGUAACCCUUAGAGGUUUCCGGGGUCCUAACAUCACUUCCCCUGCCAGCAUCACCUUCACUACUGGACUGGACGCCCCACAUGACUUGAAGGCCAAAGAGGUUACCCCGCGUUCUGCCUUACUCACCUGGACUGAACCUGAAUCCCCACCUAGUGGCUACUUGCUUAGCUAUAACACUCCUGGAGAACAGACUAAGGAGAUUCUGCUACCAGGAGGGGUCACAUCUCACCAACUGUCUGGCCUUUUCCCUUCCACUUUGUAUAAUGCUUGGAUUCAGGCCAUCCGGGGGGAAAGUCUCACACCACCCGUGCCAACCACCUUUACCACUGGCGGAUUGAGGAUCCCAUUCCCCCGGGAUUGUGGAGAAGAGGUGCAAAAUGGGCUACAUCAUUCCCGUAAGACCACUAUCUUCCUCAAUGGAAACCGUGAGCGGCCAUUAGAAGUUUAUUGUGACAUGGAGACAGAUGGAGGUGGCUGGUUGGUGUUCCAGCGCAGGAUGGAUGGACACACAGACUUCUGGAGGGACUGGGCAGAAUAUGCCCAUGGAUUUGGGAACAUCUCUGGGGAAUUUUGGCUGGGGAAUGAGGCCCUACACAGCCUGACCCAAGCUGGUGAUUACUCUUUGAGAGUGGAUCUCCGGGCUGGAAAUGAGUCUGUCUUCGCCGAAUAUGACUUCUUUACUGUGGACUCAGCUGCAAAAUACUACCGUCUCCACCUAGAGGGCUACCAUGGUACUGCAGGAGACUCCAUGAGUUAUCACAGUGGCAGUAUCUUCUCUACAAGGGACAGAGACCCCAACAAUCUUCAUAUUCCUUGCGCUGUCUCCUACCGAGGUGGUUGGUGGUACCGUAACUGCCAUUAUGUCAACCUCAACGGGCUCUAUGGAAGCAUCAUUGACCAUCAGGGCGUGAGCUGGUAUGCCUGGAAAGGCUUUGAGUUCUCCAUUCCCUUCACGGAAAUGAAGUUGAGGCCAAGAAGUUAUAACCCAUCUUCCCAGAGGGCUUGAUUCCCUAUUUUCAGCCCUCAAAUCCUGACAUACAAAAGAAAGGCUCCCUGCCCCAGGGGCCUCCCAGACCAUCCCGCUGCCCUUUACCAGAAAAAGCCAGGACCCUUAUUUUCAUUUUUUUCUCCUUUCCCUCAAAGAGCCAGUUAUUCUUUGGAUUUGUAGAAAAUAACUGAAGGGGAUUGAUGUAAUCCCUCUAUUCAUAUUACUUUCUACAUUUAGUAACAGUUGCUCUCCCCUUCCUCCCACAGUGAUUUGUGAUUAUUAAAAAACAAAAUGUUAUACCCUGGGACAAAGAAAAGGCCACUUCCAUAAAACCUUCAAAUCUAGUGAUUAUAAAAGGAUAUUAUUUGUGGUCAACAGAGGUCUAAGAUGUACAUGAUGUCUUAAGGCCUUAAGAUAUUCUCAGACUGGGAGAUGGAUGAGGGGAGAAAAGGGGAAAGAGCUCUCCAAAGAGCUAGUGCAGAAGGGGUAGAGGGUAUCUCCCAGAGGUCUCAAGGAGGUGGAUGACCUGAGGUGGCUUCUAUUUAAGCUAUCCAAAUGGUAUACAGAGGCCUGCUAUCUUAACUCAGCUACUAGGGAUAGGGAGACAGCUCAAAAUUCCAUUUAGGAUGGCUGACUAGUGUCCUCUUUUGAUAUAAAAAGGUCCUAAUGUAAUGACAAAGAAACUGAGGCAAGAUAGAGAUUAGAGAGUUUUAAUAUUUUAUUUAUUGGAGAGCUUAAUUAAUUGACUGGAUCAGACUCUCAUCUCCAAGUAUCCAUUAUUGAAUAUGAGAUUCCAGAGAUUCUUUAUAAAGUUUUAGUGAUAAGGGAGAACAAAAAUAGAAAGGGGGAGGCAGAAUGAGCACUGGGCCGUCUGAUAAAUUGGGAAGGUCUAAUGAUGUCUAAAAUAGAAUAUCUUCCCCUAUCUGGGAUUAAAUAUUUACAGUUUAUAACCUUA